UGUCCGCAGUCUCUGGUCAUCCCCUGUACCAUGUCCGCAGUCUCUGGUCAUCUCCUGUACCAUGUCCGCAGUCUCUGGUCAUCUCCUGUAUAUGUCCGCAGUCUCUGGUCAUCUCCUGUACUAUGUCCGCAGUCUCUGGUCAUCUCCUGUACUGUGUCUGCAGUCUCUGUUCAUCUCCUGUACUGUGUCUGCAGUCUCUGAUCAUCUCCUGUACUGUGGCUGCAGUCUCUGGUCAUCUCCUGUACUGUGUCCACAGUCUCCGGUCAUCUCCUGUACUGUGUCCGCAGUCUCUGGUCAUCUCCUGUACUGUGUCUGCAGUCUCUGGUCAUCUCCUGUACUGUGUCCGCAGUCUCUGGUCAUC